GUGCUGACAUUCUCGCGUUUAUUUUCCGCGAUUCUAAGUUUUCUUUUUUCUGGCAAUUUAAAACGUUUCCUCUAUUAAAAGCUUAAUAAACUCUUUGUCUUAAAACAGGAUGGAUUUUCAGAAUCGUCCAGGAGGGAAAACCGGCGGUGGGGGUGUAGCGUCAUGGUCGGAAACAAAUCGCGAUCGUCGGGAGCGUCUGAGGCAGCUUGCCCUGGAGACCAUCGACCUGGCCAAGGAUCCGUACUUCAUGAAGAAUCACCUGGGCUCGUAUGAGUGCAAACUCUGCUUGACGCUGCACAAUAAUGAGGGUAGCUACCUGGCGCACACGCAGGGCAAGAAGCAUCAGGCAAACUUGGCCAGAAGAGCUGCCAAGGAAGCAAAGGAGGCACCACAAUCCCUGGCACCGGAAAAGCCACGCGUUGAGCCCCGUAAGUUCGUCAAGAUCGGUCGUCCUGGCUACCGUGUGACGAAGCAACGAGAUCCAGAUGGUGGGCAGCAGAGCCUUCUCUUCCAGAUUGACUAUCCCGAAAUUUCGGACAACAUUGUCCCACGGCAUCGCUUCAUGUCGGCGUACGAGCAGAAGAUUGAGCCACCAGAUCGCAAAUGGCAGUACCUGCUCUUUGCGGCUGAGCCCUACGAGACGAUUGCCUUCAAGGUGCCCAGCAGGGAGGUGGAGAAGACAGAAGGGAAGUUCUGGACACACUGGAAUAAGGACACGAAGCAGUUCUUCCUGCAGUUCGCCUUCAAGAUUGAACCGAAGAUAAUUCCACCACCACCGCCGAAUCUCCGUGGUCAUGGAAUGGGAGCUGUGCCGCCUCCACCGCGUCCCCCAAUGUUUAAUCCCGUUCCGCCACCGCCUCCCAUGGCUGUUCUGCCAGUGCCGGCUCCACCAAUGUAGAGCAAAAGGAAGUACUAAUAAAAAUGUCUUGGCAAAA